AUGGUCGCUCCCACAGCUCUCCGAAUGAUGCAGGCCACCCGGGCUCGCAUGUUCAGACCUGCUCAAGCUCAGCAGAAAUCUGGGUUCUUCGUGUAUCGAGACAAUCGAGUACCUUACUACCAACGUCUGUUCCAGAACCACGAUGGCAAGCGACAAUGGUGGAAGACUCACCGAAGCCCAUACAUCCUCUAUCCGUACUACACGAUCCUGUUGGGCAGUCUGACGUUCUCGGUAUAUGGCAUGACCCGCGUUCUGUUCGGUCACAAGACACUAUGGUAG